AUGUACACGCGAUCGUUGGCUGCAGUCCUGCUUGGGCUAGGUAUCCUGGCCAGCAGCAUCCGGGCAGAUACCCUCGAAUUCGCGUCCCCUCUUCCCAACAGCCAUUUGACUGCCGGUCAAAAUGUUCGUAUCUCAUACAAGGUCCAUCGUAAUGGUAUGGCUCGUCUUAUGUGGGCCAAAGUCCACCUCAUGACCGACGACGGUUACGACGCAGGGACAGGAACUAUUAGCACCGCAACGCCUUCAGACUGGCAAGACUCCCAGUUGAUUUCAUCGGACUUUACGGUCCCAGAGAAUCUGCCAUCUGGGAAGUAUGUUUUUCAUGUGUACGGUAGCACGCAGCAACCAUGUGAAGGCUCCGUUGACACAGGAGCCUCCAGAAAGAUAUCCACUCCAAUUGCUCAACUAGAAGAAGACAAUAAGGGUGUCGGUGCUAUUGACAGUUUCCAGCUUCGCAAGCGCAAUCUUUACGCUGGUCGUAAUCUGCGGGCAAUUGGUCAAUCCGAUUAUCUACUGCAGGAUAGCAACGCAGACAUCCAUAAGAUGCUGUACUUUUUCUCGCUGAUCUAG